AUGUCGUGGAAGGGCGCGCGCGGGGCAGUUGGCGCCAGGAGGGGGAGGGCUGAGGGUUGCGGGACAGCGUCCCCUCCCCUCCCCGCACCGUCUCCGCACACAGAGGCGGAGCGAGAGCGGCGCCGGCCAGCCCCCGCAGCACCAUGGAGACAGCGAGGCACGUGCUCGGACGAACAGCUCUCCGAUGCGAUAGCCGGCGCGCUGCCCCGCUCCGUAGAGGACAAGAGGUCGGCGACCUCGGCCAGCGCCCGAGGCGGCCCGUCGCCUGACUUCUGUGAAGGCGGAGUGACCUGCGGGGCACGACGGCGCGCAAGCUUCCAGCAACAGUGCGCGAAGUCGUCCAGUGCCCUCCGCCCAGUCGUCCGGGCUGACGCUUCUCAGAGGCUCGGAGAACGCUACCAUAACGGCUGCGGCGGAGCAGAAACAGAUGACGCAGCCGGCGGCGCGGCGAUCCCACACUCCACCGCUAGACGCCUGGGCGCCAAGGCCUGUGGUUCCUGCUGCCGUGGAACCGCGGCGGCGAUCCCACACUCCACCACCAGACGCCUGGGCGCCAAGGCCUGUGGUUUCUGCUGCCGUGGAACCGCGACGGCGAUCCCACACUCCACCACUAGACGCUUGGGCACCAAGGCCUGUGGUUUCUGCUGCCGUGGAACCGCGGCGGCGAUCCCACACUCCACCACCAGACGCUUGGGCACCAAGGCCUGUGGUUCCUGCUGCCGUGGAACCGCGGCGGCGAUCCCACACUGCACCACUAGACGCCUGGGCACCGAGGCCUGUGGUUCCUGCUGCCGUGGAACCGCGGCGGCGAUCCCACACUCCACCACCAGACGCUUGGGCACCAAGGCCUGUGGUUCCUGCUGCCGUGGAACCGCGCUACCUGGCUGGAACGACCACCGGCGGCCAGCCGUCUGUCGGCGUCAACAUACUCAGCAAUGUCAUCAUCUGGCUGUUCAACACAGUUACCGUGUAUUGAUCUCACGUGUGAGUGAAUGCGCGUGAUCGUUGGACGUUAGUGUACUGUUCGUGUUGUGUGUUAUCGCAUGUGGCGGUCACGUAUUCACGGGUUGGCCGUUUGAAAUGCAUCGCUCGAGAUUCCUGCUUUGUGUGAUAUGGCGUUGGCAGGGGCAGCGAUGUGUACAGGACGGCCCUCCCAUCCCAGGCGCGGGGAAUGUCUGCGUAACGCGUGCUGUAUUCGUGCAGUAUUUGUCAGCUCUCUUAGUCAGACAUGAUCUCCGUGGUAGUGUCUCCGUAGAAGUCUGCGUCUUUCGGUGCCAAGAUGUGUUCACAAGUCUUUCAGUGGUAGUCGGUGUUUGUGAACCGUUCACCGUAAACCUGCGUUUUGCGGUGUAAAGGUGUGUUCCCCAUGCAGUGUUUCACUGCAAACAUGUGCUCAGCAGUCUUUCAGCGCAAGCUCGUGUUCAGUAGUCUUUCAGUGCACACCUGUCUCCAGGAGUCUUUCAGUGCACACCUGUGCCCAGAAGUCUUUCAUUGCAAACUCGUAUGCAGCAGUCUUUCGGUGCACACCUAUUUCCAGGAGACGUUCAGUGCAAAGUCACGUUCAGCAAUCUUCCAGUUCACAGUGUCCAGGAGCCUUUAGUGCAAACUUUGUGUCCAGCAGUCUUUCAACACAAACGUGUGUCCAGGAGUGCAAGCACAGCUGUGAUCAGUUGCCUGUCAGUGUAAACUCGUGUUCAGCAGCCGGUCAGUACACACCUGUUUCCAGGAGUCUUCCAGUGCAAAUCUAUGUCCAAAAGUCUUGCAUUGCAAACCUGUAUGCAGCAGUCAUUCAGUGCGACAGUAGUCUUUCGCACAGACUCUAAGCCCACGUUAUUUCCAUAGCUUCCCUGCAGAACAGUCUAGUCGAGGCUCCUCCAGCGGUGUUCAUGUGCACUGGCGGUGAUUGCGUGCAGCGUGACUGCGGCAGCGCUCGAGUAUGUGCCCAUCAGUCUUUCAGUGGCUUUCGUGGUGCUGCAUAUGAUGCUGCACAACCACAACACCACAAGUCUGCUGUCCGUCCGGUUCAGCGCCGCCUCGGUAUCGCUGGGUACUGCUCCUGGCGACCGUUGUGAUAUGAGGCGUAUUCUUUGGCGAACAGUGUAAUUUAUUCAUAUGCGCAACGCUAUCUAUGUGCGGAAUGCAGAUUGCAUCUCUUCAGUGGCUUGAACGUCAGCCGCUUGACGAUCUCAGCCGGCUGUGAUUUGGAGAGGGGGCUGUCAUUGGGUUGUACUUGCGGACGAGUGGCUUUGGUGCCGUUUCUGCGCGUGGCUUUCAUAUUGAUCUCGAUAGUUCAUAUGUCCAAUGCUUGGUGCUUCAGAUUUGCACACUUUUUGGGUGAGUUUAAAUCAAACAGUUUGAGAAGACAGUAACAUGGUUUCGGUUGAAACUCAGCUUAAAACGCACGUACUUAGGUUAGGCAUGCCCGGUUAGUGGCGCAUAGAUAGCUCUGUGGCAUCCAUCCUCGAGAGCUCCAAUAUCUCGUUUGACAUGCCUAUUUUGUGAAAUUCUCCCAUUGGCUUCCAUUGUUAUACAGAUGUGUUCCCUUUUUAUUGAAGUUACUUAAGCUUAGCUUUAUCGGUGUGCGGUCAAAUGUCUGUUCCAACAAGAAGCUGCAAUCAAAACUAAUUUUAAGAAACUGCAUGUAAGCUUGCCGUGCCCGAUGCCGGUAAGAGUAUCGUGCUAGAAUCGGAACAAACUAGUAGAAUCCCGGUAUGGCAGUUUCUAGCACUUAGCACCUUUCCUGGCUCUAUUGACUCCUA